AUGCCGUCCAGUGUGGGGGCCAGCAGCCCUGCCGCCGCCCUGGCCGAGGCGCUGGAGAGCUCCGGGCGGCUCAUUGACCGACACCUGCAGGAGGACCGCUGCUUCCCCGACCUGUCCGAGCUGCUCGGUGUGCCCUCCCACAAUAUGCCGUCCUUGUCUGGCGUGUCGGACAUGGACUACCCCCUGCAGGGACCCGGCUUACUCAGUGUGCCAAACCUCCCAGAGCUCAGUGCGGUCCGCCGAGUACCUCUGCCCCCUGAACUGGUGGAGCAGUUCAGUCAUAUGCAAUGUAACUGCAUGAUGGGAGUUUUUCCUGAGAUAUGCCGAGCAUGGCUUACCAUUGACAAUGACAUCUUCAUGUGGAAUUAUGAAGAUGGAGGUGAUGUCGCUUAUUUUGAUGGUCUCAUUGAAACCAUUCUCUCCGUUGGUCUGGUAAAACCCAAACAAGGAAUUUUACAGCCACAUAUACACUACCUCUUAGUGCUGGCCACCUCUGUUGAUGUUGUGAUCCUUGGACUCAGUUUCCCCAAGGGCCAGGCCGGUUUGAACGACAGCAUGACUGGUGGGAUGCAGCUGCUUCCAGACCCCCUUUUCUCGAUACCCACAGACAACACCUACAUGCUGGCCAUCACCUCCACAGACCUCGGCCGCAUCUUCAUGGCAGGAAAGGAUGGCUGCCUGUACGAAAUAGCUUACCAGAGUGAGGCAGGCUGGUUUAGCCAGCGCUGCAGAAAGAUCAACCACUCCAAAAGCACCCUGUCCUUCCUCGUCCCCUCCGUGCUCCAGUUCUCCUUCUCCGAAGACGACCCCAUUGUGCAGAUUGCUAUUGACAAUUCCCGCAACACCCUCUUCACACGUUCAGAGAAAGGAGUCCUGCAAGUGUAUGACCUGGGUGCUGACGGGCAGGGUAUGAGUCGUGUGGCGACCAUGUCUCAGAGCUCCAUUGUGGCUGCUGCUGGAAACAUCGCCAGGACAAUUGAUCGCUCUGUCUUCAAACCCAUUGUUCAGAUCUCUGUGAUUGACAGAUCUGAGUCCUCAGACUGCCACCUGCUGGCUGUCACUCAUGCAGGUGUGCGUCUUUACUUCAGCACCACACCUUUCGCCCCGCCACACCAGAAGCACAUCACAGCACGACCCAGCCUGCUAGCUUUGAUCCACGUCCGUCUGCCACCAGGGUUUUCUGCCUCCUCUAACCUGCAGAAGCCUGCAAAGGUCCACAAGGCUCUACACAGCAAAGGAGUUCUCCUGAUGGCUGCGUCUGAGACUGAGGACAGCGACAUUCUGUGGUGCAUUAACCACGACUCGUUCCCCUUCAAGAAACCCCUGAUGGAGGCUCAGAUGAUGUCUAAUGUUGAUGGACACUCUUGGACUCUCUGUGCCAUUAAUGAGGAGAGGCAAGACAGGAUUACCACACCGUUAAACAAGGACCUGAUCCCCAUCACUGAUUCGCCUGUGGUGGUCCAGCAACACAACAUCCCUUCACAGAAGUUUGUCCUUCUCUCUGCAAAGGGUAGUCACAUUUUCCAUAAGUUGCGGCCUGUUGACCAGCUCCGUCACCUGCUGGUGAGCUGUACCGGGGGAGAGAGUGAAGAGAUUGAACGCUUCUUUAAGCUGCACAGGGAGGAGCAGGCGUGUGCCACAGCCCUGAUCCUGGCCUGCUCCAAUGCUGCUUGUGACAGAGAGGUGUCACUGUGGGCCACCAGAGCCUUCUUCAGGUAUGGAGGAGAAGCGCAGAUGAGAUUCCCCUCAGCGAUCACGUCUCCUAGCAAUGUCGGACCGAUGAUGAGCUCUCCAGCACCAGGUGUUAUACCCCCAGCUUUGGCUUCGACCUUCACACCCAUGCACCCUGCCUCCACCACCAUGCCUCCAAUGGCAGCUGGCCCGGAGGUCGUCUUCUCAGGAAAACACAACGGCAUCUGCAUCUACUUCGCCCGCAUCUUGGGAAACAUCUGGGAUGGGAGCCUCACUGCUGAGAAGACCAUCAGCAAAGGGAAUCAGACUGUCAGUAUCUUUGAAAGCACCGUUGGCUCGCCUGUUCUGGAGGCUGUUCUGUUGGAGCUUCUGGGUCUGCAGGAGUUCCUGGAUAAAAACUCCCAGUUCAGCCCUUCUUCUCUGGGUGCCGUCAGUUUCAGCUCCCCUGCCAACCUACAACAGAGGCUGCUGGGCUUUAUGCGCCCAGAUGGAGCCAGCACUCAGCAGGUCCAGCAGGAGCUUCAGAGGAAAUAUCACACCAAGGCUCAGGUCUAUGAGAAGGUGUCGCUGCAAGGCAUCCAGCAGUUAGUGCAUCGCUCCUGUCAGACCCUGGCCCUCUGGAAACUUCUCUGUGAUCAUCAGUUCAGCCUCAUUAUCUCUGAACUGCCAAAGGAGUUUCAGGAGCAAAUGAAGGGGGCGAGUUUUAAGGAUGUAGUGAUUCGGGGUAAGGAGCUGACUGGAGCACUCAUCACAGCGCUCAUCAACGUCUACAUCAAAGACAACGCCUCUGUGGACGCCAUUAGCAAUCACCUGCGGGACAUCUGUCCCCUGCUGUACAGUAGUGAUGACAGCAUCUGCUCCAAAGCUAAUGAGCUUCUGCAGGGCUCCAGACAGAUCCAGAACAAGUCAGAUAAAGAGAGAACUCUGAGAGAGUCGCUGCUUCUGUACCAGCAGAUCAGCCAUCACACAGACCUGCCCCACGUCUGCUCGCAGUACAGGCAAGUCCGUUUCUACGAGGGUGUCCUUGAGCUGUGCCUCACAGCAGCAGACAAGAAGGAUCCACAGAGGCUGGGGCCACACUUCUACAAGAACGGAGAGCCGGAGGAGGACAGGGUGGGACAGCAGGCCUUCCAGGAAAGACUUUCAUGUUAUAAGUGCAUCACAGACACGAUGCAGGAGCUGGUGAACCAGAGCAAAGCUGCUCCUCAGUCCCCAAGUGUCCCCAAGCAGCCUGGGCCUCCGGUCAUGACCUCGGAUCCUAACAUGCUCAGUAAUGAAGAAGCUACCGCCCAUUUUGAGCAGAUGCUCGGUCUGGCCCAGAGAUCUCAGGACGAGCUGUUCCACAUCGCUCUCUACAACUGGCUGAUCCAGGCUGACCUCGCUGACAAACUGCUGGAGGUGAAUUCUCCAUACCUGGAGGAGCACCUAAUGCACAUGAUCAAGCACGACCAGAGUAAGGUGCGCAAUAUGGACCUAUUAUGGCGAUACUACGAGAAGAGCCGCAGCUUUGGCAAGGCAGCUCAAGUCCUGGCACGCCUCGCUGAGAUGCGCAGCACUGAGAUCUCCCUGAAGCAGCGUUUGGAGUACAUCUCCAGAGCUAUAUUGUCUGCUAAGAGUUUAUCCUGCACCUCGGCCCAGGGAGCUGAUGGACAGUUCCUUCAUGAGCUGGAGGAAAAGAUGGAGCUUCUGCGCAUCCAAGUACAGAUUCAGGAGACGCUGAUCAGACAAUACUCCCAGCAUCCCUCAGUGAAGAACGCCAUCUCCCAAUUAGACUCUGAGCUCAUGGACAUCACCAAGCUCUAUGGGGAAUUUGCUGAUCAUUUUAAGCUGUCUGAGUGCAAGCUGGCCAUCAUUCACUGUGCAGGACACUCUGACCCGAUCCUAGUCCACUCCCUGUGGCAGGAUAUCAUGGAAAAAGAGCUGGGAGACAGUGUCGCCAUGAGUCCAGCAGACAGAAUGAGGGCUCUCAGUUUAAAACUGGUGUCACUGGGAAAGAUUUACGCUGGAACCCCAAGAUACUUCCCUCUGGAGUUCCUAGUUAAAUUUCUGGAGCAGGAGGUGUGCCGAUUGAACUGGGACGUGGGUUUUGUCACCUUCACCAUGCAGGAGAUAGGAGUGCAGUUGCCUCGUCUGCUAGAGGUCUAUGACCAACUCUUCAAAACACGGGAUCCGUGCUGGCAGCGUCUGAAGAAGCCUCUCCACCUGGUCGAGUGUAUCCACAUGCUUCUGUCUGGAUACGUGGAUGACCCCAGCAGAGUGCCAACCUACGACAGGCGGCGGUUCACUAACGUGUGUCUCGACAACAUCUGUGGUUACCUUGUGGAGCUGCAGUCGCUGAGCCCAAACUCUGCCCUUCAGCAGAUCAUCGGCAACUUCAAGACCCUGCAGGCCAAACUGGAGAAACUUCACUGACGUUACAGAGAGCCGUCAUCAGCGGACAAGCAGCAGCAGAACAUCUGAACCGGCACCGUCGGCCUUAAUGAAACAGCUUAAUUGAAACAUGUUUAUUUGAUCAACGAGCACGUUUUUCUUUUGCUUUGUUAGCCGUUGAGUGUGUUGUGUGACGGUGUGCCAGGUGCUUAAGAGACACGAAUAGACUGCAGUCAUGUUUGGUGAUGUGAAAGAAUAGUUGAGACCCUGUUUUAUAACUUAUUUAAUGUAUGAAUUUGCUCUAAGCCUAAACAUCACACAGAAAUACAUUGUUGGCAAGCAAGACACUUAUUUGAAUUGGGUAUGUUAAAAAAUGAACAAGAUGUUUGAGAUACCUUUGUUCUGAAAAACAUUCAACUUAUGUUCUCUAAAUUCCAGAUCAGUGAUUAUAACAUGUAUACUGAAAAUGCACUUAAUUGUACUGAGGAAGAUUGAUCUGGGAUAUUUUGAUCUGGAAUCCAUCUUGUGAAUCUUUGGUAAUUAAUGUACUAAUUGUAAGACUUUACAAAAUUGCAUUUUCAUGAUGGAAGCGAUGUCAUUGUACUUUUUCUACAUAUUUUCCAAAUGUGAGCAGGGAAAAUUAGAUUUUGCGAUCAUGUACAUAUAUCGGCCAUAAUACCGUUUCAUCUGCCAAAGGUUUAUAACUUGACCUCCAAAUUGAACAGUACACUUCUGAGAUGUGAGCGAGUGCUUAUGCGAUUGUGAAUGUUUUGAAUGGACAAAACUUAAAUCCAUUUUAUCCAGAUGUUGUUUUCAGUGCUAUACUAAACUUUGGCCUGCAUUGAGAA